AAACGCACGCGCGCGCACACGCACACCCCUCCUUCACGGCAUUCUCAGUAGCGUCUCAAGACUCAUCUGCUGGUGACACUGCGACCGCAGCCUUUAUCUUUUGAUUUGUAUUAGCGGGGCGGAAGUGUGGCUGGGUGCCCUUUUGUGUUGCUGUCGGACCACCAUGGACGUGAUGGCCAACAACGAGCGGCGGCGACGACGCGUCAAUUUGAAGGGCUUACUGAAGAAGAACUGGCUCCUGAUUGCCACGGUCGUCUCCGUGAUGCUAGGGAUCAGUCUGGGCGUGGCGGUCAGAGAGUAUGCCUCCCUGUCGCAUCUCCACAAGCAGUAUUUCGGCUUCCCGGGGGAGAUUUUGAUGCGGAUGCUAAAGCUAGUCAUCCUCCCGUUGAUUAUCUCCAGCAUGAUAACAGGUGUAGCAGCCUUGGACUCUGAGGUGUCGGGCAAGAUAGGACUACGAGCGGUCAUUUAUUACUUCUCAACGACCAUCAUUGCCGUCAUUCUUGGCAUUAUUCUGGUGAUGACUAUCAAACCGGGAGUGUCUCAAACAGCCCAGCACAUAGACCGAGCCGGGACCACGCCCAACGUCACCACCGUCGACACGCUCCUGGACCUCCUCAGAAACAUGUUCCCAGAAAAUUUGGUGCAGGCGUGUUUUCAACAGUACAAGACCAAGCGCAAAGAGUUGGAGCCAGCAAAGUUUUUGACUGCAAACACUCCGACUCCUCCUCUGGUGACAACACACACCAUGGCCACCAUGGAGAACAUCACUCUAGACUACAAAAUCAUCGGGACUUACUCGGACGGAAUCAACGUCUUGGGCCUCAUUGUGUUUUGCGUGGCUUUCGGCCUCGUCAUCGGGAAGAUGGGCAAAAAGGGACGCAUCCUUCUGGAGUUCUUCGACGCCCUCAACGACGCAACCAUGAAACUGGUGCACAUCAUCAUGUGCUAUAUGCCUGUAGGAAUCCUGUUCCUCAUUGCCGCUAAGAUCAUUGAGGUGGAAGACUGGGAGAUCUUCCGCAAGAUGGGUCUUUAUAUGGUGACGGUGCUGAGCGGCCUUGCCAUCCAUGCUCUCGUCUGCCUGCCACUCAUCUUCUUCGUCAUCGUGAGGAAGAACCCGUACACCUUCACCUUGGGCAUGGCUCAGGCGCUGGUCACCGCGCUCAUGAUCUCCUCCAGCUCCGCCACCUUGCCUGUCACAUUCCGCUGCGCCGAGGAGAACAACCGCGUGGACAAGCGCAUCACGCGCUUCGUGCUGCCGGUGGGCGCCACCAUCAACAUGGACGGCACGGCGCUCUACGAGGCCGUCGCCGCCAUCUUUAUCGCACAGCUCAACGACUACGCGUUGGACGUGGGGCAGAUCGUUACCAUCAGCAUUACAGCAACAGUGGCGAGCAUCGGAGCUGCAGGAGUCCCCAACGCUGGGCUGGUUACCAUGGUGAUCGUCUUGACCGCCGUCGGAUUACCCGCCAGUGAUGUCACACUCAUUGUCGCUGUUGAUUGGCUGUUGGAUCGCUUCCGCACGAUGAUCAACGUUCUGGGCGACGCGUACGGCGCCGGCAUCGUCCAGAAGCUGUCCAAGAGGGAACUGGAGAAGAUGGACCUGACGUCGGACGUCACCAACCCUUUCGCCCUGGAGGCCACGCUGGACGAGGACGAGGACGAGUGCGAGAAGAAGUCGUACGUCAACGGGGGCUUCGCCGUGGACAAGACCGACGCCAUAUCGUUCACUGAAACAUCGCAGUUUUAAAAGACUGGUGGCUAAAAAAAAAAAGUGCCAAAAGAAGCACCUAGCGUCAGCAAUAGCAGCUCCCAUUACUUUCUGACAUUUAUGGCCACUUAAGUGCUUCCUUUCCUCCUUUUUUUUACAACUUUAUUUGACAGGAACAAUGUCCUACAGUAUAUGAAUAAUAUCAUAUAAUGCACUGCUUGUAUUCUAUCUACUUGUACUGUGCCAAAGCGACAAAGAGUCGGCUUUUUGCAGCGGGUUGCAUGACAACAACGGAGGAAGGCUCAAGUCAUUAAACACUGUGAACUUUCAUGACAAUUAUUCAUCUAAAAAAGAAAACGUCAUGUGGUUCUCAUGAGAAUUUAGUGGGGAAAAAAUCACAUGUUUUGCCUUAAAGAGUCACUUCACUUAAAUAUGUUAUGUACUUUUUCGUAAUCAUGUUUUAUAUUGUUCGUUACGGUAAAUUCGGAUAAAUGACAUUUAUAGUUCAUGGUGCCGCCCAUGACAAACUCGUCAUUUCCGGAAGUGACGUCGUCGGAGUAACGCCUCUCAGCUUCACAAACAGCGGCGUAGGAGACAGAUGAUGUUUACAGUGAUUAUAGCGACGAUUUUGAGUGAUGCGUCAGUCGUUUUCGAGGAGAAAAGAAGGGAGAUACAUUUGGAGAUGAAAAAGAGAACUUGCAGAACAUGGACUUAAGCCUUAAGAUGAUUGGUCAAAACACAAAAUGGUAAGUGUAGAUUACUGCUUAUCCUUUAAUUAUUGCUUUAAAUCAGCUUAUAAAUGAGCAUAAAGGGGUCGGUAUAGCCUGAUUUAUUUCAUAUUUUCACCAACAUAUUGAAAAGAUGUUUAUAUAACAUGUAUAAUGCUUUGCAGCCUUGUCGUUAUGGUAAAAUAGUGUUUAGUAUACAAUACAGUAUGUAAACAAAACAUGUCUUACUCCAUUCUGUGGCAACUUUAGCGUACUGUAGUGUUCGCUCUUGUCCGUUUUUUUCCGGUGCACCAGCCGGUACUAUUCCACCGGCGGAAUAGCAUCUCUUUUCAAAAUGCAUUUAAAUUGUACUUUCAAGCCACAUGCUUCCUGUAAAGGUGUUCCUUCAAAGCAGUCAUCAGUGAAAUGAACACUGCAACAAAAAAAAAAAUUACUCCAGGUGGGCUUCCAUCUGUCUCUAGUUCUCUGUACUUGCUGUGUCCAUUUUGGUCUUAAACCUUCCUCUUUUGGAAAAGAAAACAAACUUACAGUAGCACUCAGAUACUGUAAACGUCCAGCAGCAACACAACAUUUUGGUAUGACUACUAUUUUGAUGAAAAAUAUACCGAACAAAGUCGACGAGCUACCUUGAGAAGCGUUUGUUUACUCUGCUUUAGCUGAGAGGUGUUACUCCACUGAUGUCACGUCCGGAAAAUGACACUUUGCUGCGACAAGUUCGUCAUGCAUGGUGCCAUGAACUAGAAAUGUAAUUUUUGAUAAUUCACUGUUCGUUUUCAAAAAACAAUGUAGAACAUAAUUACAAACAAUAAAUAACAUUUAAGCAAAGUUGAUAAGUCAUGUCAGUGACCUUUGAAAUUCAAAGCAGGAAUAUUUUUAAUAUUAAAAUUACAUUUUAAAAAUAAUACUAAAAUUCAGUUUUUUGCCGUAUUGACAGUAAAACAAAAUAAUACCUAAAUGUUUUUUUUUAAAUAAUUAAUGCUACCCGUAAAUUCAAUAUCAAAUUAAACCAAAGAAACACUAUAAUUAAAAAUGUAUUCUAUAAUGAAUUAUUGAAUUAAAUUAAACCUCAAAAAUAGCACAUUUUGUUCACUAAAUCCAACAAAUUUUAAAAGGUAUAUUAAUUGUAAAACAAAAUUCAAAAAUUGUAGCUCGUUUUUCAGUGAGCGUUCUGUCCUCACAGUCAGGAGAUGGAGAGUGCCAGCUGCUGUUCGGUCAUCUCACUGUAGAGCAGUGAUUUUGUCACCGAUUCUGUUCAUAGAGUUUCUAGGCGCAGCCAAGGCGUCAAGUGAGUCCAGUUCGGGGGCCUUAGGAUGUCGUCUCUGCUAUAUGCAGACGAUGUGGUCCUGAUGGCCUAAUCGGGCUGUGACCUUCAGCGUUUCCAUCUGAGUGUGAAGCUUCUGGGAUGAGACUCAGCACCUCCAAAUCUGAGGCCAUGGUUCUCAGUCGGAAAAGGGUGGAUUGCUCCCUCCUGGUUGGGAAUGAGGUCCUGUCCCAGGUGGAGGAGUUCAAGUAUCUCGGGGUCUUGUUCACGAGUGAGGGAAGGUUGGAGCGUGAGGUCGACAGGCGGAUCGGCACAGCGUCUGCUGUAAUGCGGUCGCUGUACCGGACCGUCGUGGUGAGCCGGAAGGCAAAGCUUUCAAUUUACCGGUCGAUCUAUGUUCCCACCCUCACCUAUGGUCAUGAGGUUUGGGUCGUGACCGAAAGAACGAGAUCGCUGAUACAAGCGGCUGAAAUGAGUUUCCUCCGUAGGGUAGCUGGACUCUAAGAGAUAGGGUGAGGAGCUCGGUCGUCCGGGAGGAACUCAGAGUAGAGCCGCUGCUCCUUCACAUCGAGAGGAGCCAGUUGAGGUGGCUCGGGCAUCUAGUACGGAUGCCUCCUGGAAGCCUCCCUGGUGAGGUGUUUCAGCCGGGAGAGGGCCCCGGGGCAGACCGAGGACACGCUGGAGGGAUUAUGUCUCACAGGUUGCCAGGGACCGGGAAGUCUGGGCUUCCCUCCUGAGACUGCUGCCCCCGCGACCCGGACUCGGCUAAGCAGAGGAAAAUGGAUGGAUGGUCUUUUUUCUCUUAUUAUUUUGACUUUAUUCUCAUAGAAUUCCAGCAGUUUUUUCCAUUUCUGGUCUUGUUGGGAGUUUUUCCCCCGACUAUUUUAACUUUCUUCUUGUAAAUGUUGACCUUAUUAUCAUAAUAUUUUGACUUUAUGCUCGUUACAGGAUAACUUCUUGCGCAACCUAAUUUGGUUUGUCACAAUAGCACAGCUUUUUAAAUGCCUUUAAUAUUUCAACUUUACGCUACUAAACUGACGUUAUUUUUCCUCACAAUAUUACAAUUUUAUUCUCGUAAAAUUACAACUUUUUCAUGUUAGAUUACAACUUUUUUCUCUUAAUAUUUUGCCUCUAUUCUUGUAAAAUUACUGCGCAUUUUUCUGUUUUUUCUGUUGUUGUUGUUUUUGUUAAAAUUUUUUGAAUUUGCUUCGGGCUAAUAAAAAAAAAAAAAACAGCUGAAGGCGGCAAAUGGUCCCCGGGCCGCACUUUGGACACCCCUGGUGUAGAGUUGUGGGCUUUCACCGCAUACUCCGGCUUCCUCCAACAUUCCAAAAAACAUGCACGCCAGGUUAAUUGGUGAUUAUUUUUAUUUAUUUAUUUAAUAUCUACUUAAUGACUUAAUUCAAGUGAUCCUCCACCACCCAAAACAAAACAAAAAUCGUACUAAAUUCUCAUGAGAACCUGCUUCAUUUCUUUCCAAACUAGACGAGAACUUUUUUAUUGUUAUAGAACAGCACAACUUGCACAUUUAAGCAGAGCCAGUUUUGGUUCUCGUUGAAACAAAACAAAACAAACCCAUCUAUAUACAGAUAACUGAAUGCUAAUGUAUGCUAUCUUGUUGGCUUUGUAAACAAACACUACAGUAGUGACUUGUUCUAGGCCCACACUGUCAUUCCAACCAGAUCUGUGAAGAGCAACAAAUAAAAAGAAUUCAUGUAUUGGCUGAAAUAUCAUAUGAAUAAUAAAACAAGUCACUUCCAAAGAAAAAA